CUAUCUUUCCCGUACAUCCAUCCAACUAUAUCUCUCUGUUUUUUCCUCCAUCUCUCUCUCUCUCUCUCUCUCUCUCUCUAAAUCUCUCUAUCUACUCUCUUCAAUCAGAGGCUUUUUGUUUGAAUCAAUCAGUGUGUCCAUUUAGAGCUGCAACAAUAAUGGAUGUCAAACCAGGAAGGGUUUCGGACACCAUUAGAAACAGUUCUGAAGAAGACGAAGAUGCUAUGAUGAUGGACCUGAGAAGAGGGCCAUGGACGGUUGAGGAAGACCUUGCUCUCAUGAAUUACAUUGCUAACCACGGCGAAGGUCGCUGGAACUCCCUUGCUCGCUGUGCAGGUCUGAAAAGAACUGGAAAGAGCUGCAGAUUAAGGUGGCUCAACUAUCUCCGACCCGACGUUCGACGUGGCAACAUCACUCUCGAAGAACAGCUUCUCAUUCUUGAGCUUCAUUCUCGCUGGGGCAACCGAUGGUCCAAAAUUGCACAGCACUUGCCCGGAAGGACUGACAAUGAAAUCAAAAACUACUGGAGGACUCGCGUGCAAAAACACGCAAAGCAGCUCAAGUGUGACGUCAACAGCAAGCAGUUCAAGGACACCAUGCGCUACCUCUGGAUGCCGAGAUUGGUCGAGAGAAUUCAAGCCGCCGCGUCCGCCUCCACCGCCACCACCGGAGCCUCUUCUUCUAUCACAACCGCCGCGGCCAACACUUAUCAUUUCAACAAUAACAAUAACAGCUUCCAAACCGCCGCGGGAGCAGGACACGUCGCUUUACAACAGGCAACGCUCAUUGGCAAUAACAAUGACUUGGCCGGAAGUUACACCACUCCGGAAAACUCCAGCACUGCGGCGUCAUCGGACUCGUUUGGGACUCAGGUCUCGCCGGUGUCGGAGCUAACCGACUAUUACAGUAAUAUGUCGGUUAACAAUAAUAAACCUAGUAGCCAGGCUCUGGAUUACUUCCAAGCCACCAAUCCUCAUCACCAAGUCGGUUAUCAUGAUUCCAUGACUAGUCCAUCUGGUUACUCAUUCAAUCAAGGAGGACUAAACAGCCAUAGCUUUCAAGCUGCUUCGGCGCCGGAGCAAAACAACAACGGUCAGUGGGGCAUGGACGGUGGGGACUUUUCGGACAAUCUGUGGAACGUUGAGGAAUCCGACAUGUGGUUCUUACAGCAGCAACUCGGCAAUAUUUGACCAAAAAAAAUAAAUGAAAAUACAAAAAGGGGGGGGUGAAAGUGAUACAUUCAUUGUAGAGAAAUUUACCAAAGUUAAAAAGAGAAAUAGAAUGAACAUGAUAGAUCUAAUUGUGGAUUAAUAUCGGUUUGUAUUUUUCUUCCUUGUUUUUUUGGGUGAAGAAAUUUGUAAUUUGAGCUUUUAUUUUGUUUCUUCUUUUGUCGGUCUCAUUCUUUGAAAUUUUGAAAUAGAUUUCGGAAGUAAUUAUUUGUA